GGUUCUUCAAUAUUAUCUUUUCCCCCUCUUCUUCUCUGCUCAACCGAAGGACGACCCUUUUGAGAUUCCUUGAUAAAUUUACAGAGCGCUUCUCUGAAUUGACUGAUCAGGAGGAUUGUGAUUCUCAAUCUAGUCUUGUUUCCAAACCGAACAGGCAGCCUUGAUAAUUAUCAGAACCAAUGGAGGUUUUAAGAAGUUAUGAUGUAUCCCCACACUUUUAUCAUGGUACGUCAAGGAACAGAAGCAUCAAGGAUCUUGUUAACACCAGCUAUCAUGGUCUUCAUAAUUCUCCUCUUGAUAUCAUUCCGACUCAAGUCAGUAUUUUACCCAACGAUAUUGUGAUAGACAUCUUAAGCAAGCUCCCGGUGAAAUCACUCAUGCAGUUCAAGUCGGUAUGCAAACACUGGCUGUCUUUGAUUAAACAUGAUACACAGUUGAUUGAUUUACAUUUCGUCCAAUCAAAAUCACGUCCGAAUCUCCUCUACAUCAACCCAUUGCCAGAAAAGGGCGACCUUCACACUAGCUUAGGCUUUAGCUUUUCAACAAGCAAAACGUUAAAGCAAAGUAUUUCAUGUGCUGAGAUAGUUGAUCAAAUCAGUGGUGGUGGUGGUGAGGAAAAAGAAGAAGUGAAUGCUAUUGUUAGUAAGGCUAGGAUAACCCAUGAUCAAUGGUUCCCUUAUAGUGAAAUCCUGGAACCGGUAAAUGGUUUGGUUUGUUUUGUAGAUUGGAAUGCAUAUGCUGUUAGGGUAUACAAUGCAAGUACACGAGAAACAACACCGUGGGUCAUAUCAACAUUACUAGCAGAAGAAAAUGACAAGCUUAUGGAAAAUGAAAGCACGAUGAAAAUAAAAAGUCAUUCCAUUCCAAGUUAUCGAUUUGGGUUCGAUCCAGAGAAGAGUGAACAUAAAGUAUUCUGCUUUUGGAGACUAGUUGCUGGAAGCGAACAACACCGGUAUAAUUCUUUGGAACAGCCUGAUUAUGAAAGUUGGGAGGUAUUGACAGUGGGCCGUGACACUAAAUCGCGAAGAAUCAACGCGGUUCCUAACGAAAACAACCAAAUAAGAAUUAAAGAAGUGCUCCCUCCGGUUCACAGUAGUUGUCGGCAGGUGUAUGCAGACGGUACGAUAUAUUGGAGUAACAAAGAAUAUUAUUCGGAUGAAUGGGGGAAAACUAAUCCUAAUGAUCCUGACGUGAUAGUUGCAUUUGAUGUUGGAAGUGAGAAGUACAGACUUAUCCCAAUUCCUAGUUUCAUCCUCGACGAGCCUCGUGAUGAAUCCUUUAGGCUGCCAAUUGAUAUGCUAGUAUUGGGUGGACAGGUGGCUCUAUUAUACCGGAUGGAACCUUACGUUGUCAAGUUGUGGAUGUUAGAUGACAGCUGACAGAAAACUGGAGAACUGUCGAGGAAACAGAAAUAAUUGGAGCACAGAGACUAUUACUCUACCCUUUUAUUGUGAUAAUGGGGUUGGUGGUCUUGGAAUUGCUGGAUGUACUGACAAGAUACUCUUUGAAUGCCGGGGAUGCAGAAAAUCUAUAAGCUUCACCACUUUGUAUUCGUAUGAUCGCAGGAAAAAGACAUUUAAGAAGAUUGAAAUGGAUGGUGUCACCUCGUUUACACGUUACUCCCGGAGGUCCCUAGUUACAACUUUUACGGAAAGUCUCUUUCCUGUUCAGCCUCUCAACAGGUAUUUGGUAGAAGAAAGGUGACCAAGAAAGGUGGCAUGAGUCGGGGAUUCUACCAUCACAGGCGUUGAAAGCUGUUAGCAAAAUGAUAAGGCUGUCACCAGUAAACAAGAGGAGUUGAAGAAACUUAAAAGCAAACUUGAAGAAAUAGACGAGGAAUUAACGAAACUUAACUUGGCAGUAAAAAGCAGAAAUAUACUUCAUUGUAAAAGUUUCUCUAAAUUCCUAAUGCCAUGUGACUUUUUGUGGCCUUAACGGCAAAUCAAUCAGUUGAAUUUCUUAUAUAAAAACGCUUUACUUUUCUAAAGGCAAA